AUCAAAUAUUCCUUUGAAUCCAUACAUUCGUACACUUUCACUCGAGUAGUUCUUGUAAUUUAUUCCUCGACAGCUUUAAUGAUAUAGCGGCUUUCGUUUAUUUAUUUACAUAACGUAGCAGCAUCAGAGAGUGCAUCCGAUUUCCGAUGAAGUGACAAUAAAAAAUCCCGGAAGAAAACAAAACAAGAUGAGAUUCCCUUCGAUUAUUCCACAAACGUACUCCAGUAUUCUCGUUGUAUUAUUUUGUUUGCUCAAAGUCGCUUGCACGGCAAACAUCUUGGGACUCUUUGGAUUCGGAUCGCGAAGUCAUCAUAUCUGGCAUAAAAACAUUGUCGAAUCACUGGCAGAGCGUGGGCAUAAUUUGACGGUCCUCUCGCCAAUUAAGGAGACGCUGAAAGUACCAAAUGCCCAUUACAUUCAUCUCGAGGGCGUCUUUCACUAUGCCAACAAGAACGACAGUUUUGACUUGCUCAAUUUGGCGGAUGAGGGUUUUAUUCAGCACAUUUUCACGACGCACGAAUAUUGCGAGGGGGUUUGUCAAGGAAUUCUCGCGUCAAAUGGCUUUCAGCAACUCUUGGACUAUCCGGAGGACUUUAAAGUGGAUCUUGUGUUGUACGAUUUUACGUGUGGCCCGUGUUUGCUUGGCUUUUUGCCGAAAUUCAAGGAUCCACCGUUGGUAUCAAGUACUGCCUUCAACAAUCCACCCGCCUCUACGGAAAUUAUCGGGGGCCACAAGCAACAUGCAUACGUGCCUUACUAUCAGCUAAGUUACGGCAGUCAAAUGACCAUGAGACAACGGGCCUUGAACUUGUUCCUGCAUCAAUUUGAGAUUUUACAUCGUCGCUAUUUCCUGGUUCCUCGUUUGGAUAAAAUGGUUCGUCGACGUUUUAAUACCACAGACUUACCUUACCUGGGUGACUUGGAGCGUCAAACAGCCCUCAUGCUGGUCAACACGCAUCCCUUGAUCGAAAUUUCGGAGCCAUUGCCGCCAAAUUGCAUCCCGGUCGGCAUGUUACAUAUCAAGGAACCGAAACCGCUGGAAGAUUCCUUGCGUGCGUUCAUCGAAGCUGGCGAAAAAGGUGCCAUUCUCUUCUCACUCGGCUCGAAUAUCCGUUCGGACUUGCUCACAAAAACGCAUCAAAAGAUGUUUUUAGAGGCUUUUAGACGCACGCCCGAACUAAAUUUCCUCUGGAAGUUCGAAUCAGACUUGGAUCUCGAAUUGCCGCCAAAUGUCAUCAUCAGUCCGUGGUUCCCGCAAAACGAUAUUCUCGCGCAUCCGCGAGUUCGGGGCUUUAUCACGCACUCCGGGCUGCAUAGUACUUACGAGGCAUUGUAUCACGGCGUGCCAAUGGUGUCAAUUCCCUUCUUUGCCGACCAACAUCGAAAUGCGCAACGAUGCGUUUUGGCUCGUGUUGCUGAACGGCUCGAGCUGAAACACUUGUCCACCGAAAGUAUCGUCGAUGUCAUUCAAAAGGUCUUUCGAUCGACAUAUUAUCGCGAACGGAUUCGCUUCCGCUCGAGUUUGGUGAAGGAUAUGCCGGUGAAGCCCUUGGAUAAUGCAAUCUGGUGGAUUGAAUGGCUCAUGCGACAUCCGGAUAAGAAUUACUUGCGAUCGCCAGUGUUGCAAUUGGGACAAUUUAAAUCGAAUUUAUAUGACUUGAUAGGAGUUUUGUUCGUGGUGACGAUCAUUUUGACGGUUUACAUUACGAAACGCUGCUGUCCUCGCGAACUGGAGAAACGAACGUUGGCAAAGACGAAUUCUGUUAAAGGUCGCAGCAGCACGAAUGGCAAAAAGAAAAGUGAAUGAGAUGAUUUUAUUUUAGUUUUUAACGCUUUAGUCAAUUUAUUUCCGCGUGAGUGACUGAUUUUUAGUCUAAGUAGUCAUUUUCCCAUUCCAAAAUUUUUCCAUUGAAUGUUGAUUUUGUUAAAUAUUUGUUAAGUUUAAUCCUAUUUUGACUGCAAAUAAAAAUUUUAAAAAAGCAUUAAA